ACCAAAGAGGGCAGAUCCCUAACAUUAUAGGUUCUUGUAUAUGUUAAUGUGGAACACCUUCAACACCUGACCGCAUGGUGCAGCAUCUGUACUGUGGAACAACUAGAAAAAUCAUCAUGAUAUAAGUAUAAAGAUCUAAUAGUAGAUUCCAAUUCCAACCUAUGAAUUAGUCGGUUUUGUUUUCAAAUUUAUUGUGAUGUUACUAUUGUAUAUAAAACCUAGUAUUGGAAGACGUAUAUACCAAUAAAACGUGUACAUUUGAUUAUUUUGAACAUUAUAUAUAUUUAUCUGACAAUUUAAUGUUUUAUCUCAUUUAUAUAGUGUAUUAAACUACGCUAUACUAUUACAAUAGACUUUUUAAAUAUAGCGAAUUUUAUCGAAUAUGACUGAUUUAGAUGUGGAUGAUUCUUUAACUAAGUUAAAUACUCAAUUAAAUAAAAGCAUGGUCCUAAUGGAUACCACAGAAACUGAAAUACCUCAGUCAAAGAGUAAUAAAUCUAUAACGAUCAAUCCAAACAUUCAACCUGCCAGUCCGCAUGUUAAUUCACCUAUAGUUAAGAAAAGCAUUUUGAAAAAAGCUGAGAAAAAAAAUGUGAUAGAAGUGGAGCAACAUAUAGAAAAUAACGAAGAAACAAGAAGUGAAAUAACUGGCAACAGUGCAUCAAUGAAUGUAACAUCUAUUACAAGACCACGUACUAUCAGUGAUUUAGUACAACAAGAAGACUUAAUUAUGGAAACUACAGAUACUACAUUGAGUUUAGACGAUCUGUCUGAUAGUGAAGACAUAUGGAUCAUGGAUAUUCCUGGAACAAUAGAUCCAAACGAACUUAAAGGUCAAAUGUUAAUAUUUGGAGAGAAAUCUAAAUUUAAAAUUAAAGAGGAAAAAUACUGCGCAGUGCAUCAUGAAGUUAAAUGUAAUGUUACAUGUGUACUUCAUACUGGUAAAGUAAAACCACGAUAUAAAACUGUCAAUAUAAAGCCAGCAGGUGCAAUUACUAUCAGACGAAAACUUUCAAGUAUUUCAAAAACUAAACCAAUGCAAAUAGAAAACUGCAGCGUACCAUUCCCAAAAAAUUUGAGAACUCGGCAUCCAUUAUUUGGUGUCAAUUACAAAGGUAAUGUUGAAAAAGUGUAAUAAAGUAAUUGGUUUAAAGGCAAAGGAUGAUAAUAGGAGAAAACAAUAUUAUAUAUAAUACAUUGCUUUAAGAUUGUAUAUCAUUAGGAAAUUGUGUACUACAUUAACUAUAAAAAUUUAUUUGCACCCUCAUUUGUUUAUGAGAAAUUAAAUCAACAGAUGAAAAUACAUAGAGAUAAUUUUAACUGAACAAUACAAACUGUAAAAUUAGUUGCUUUAUAAUAAAACGCAACAUUUAAUUU